AUGGGAGCCUGGCCUUACCCGCGUUCAGUAGGUGGUGUCCGGGCCUCCACUCACAUUGACCGGGCGCUGGAUCCCACUGUAGGCCCCACAAAGUCACCGCUCAGCAGAGUGCAGUCCCGGCACCCAGAUCCACUCUCACCCCACACACCGGCUCCGACAGGGCGCUGUGUUUCCUCCACGCGAGCCCCCGGGGUGUGUGGCUUCAGUGAGGCCGAGAUCAGCGGUGUGUUCAAGGGGCCAUCAACCAGCGGAGACCGGAGAGAGGAGCGGAGAUGGGUGCGGUGA